AUGAGUCAUUCAUUUAGAUAUGUCAUAUUUGUUUUUGCACUGUUAAUCUUCUGUUCAGUGAUCUACAAUCCCAGAUUGGAACUACAAACAAAGAGCCCAAAAAUCCUAAUUGAAAUAUCUGAUGAAUUCAUAUGCAUUCUAUUACAACAGAAUAGUGAGGACAAUAAACUGUUUGACAGAAAGAAAUUUACUGAUAAUGGAAAGGUGAAACGAUAUGCAGGAAUUUGA